AUGGCCCCAAUUAAACGAGUCGCCGUAAUUCAAUGGCACAUCAAAGACCUGGAGAUCGAACAAAACCACCACAAAGCAUGCCAAUACAUUCGCGACGCCGCAUCCCAAGGAGCUGAAAUAGCCGUGUUACCAGAAUACCACCUCAAUGGCUUCGCACCAACUAGCUCCCAAUACACCCAACAAGCCGAGUCCGCUCCCUCGUACCUGAAAGCCUACCAGACUCUCGCCCGGGAUCUCAACAUUUGUCUUGUCCCUGGCACUAUCGUGGAGAAACACGGUGCGAAUCUAUUCAACACGGCGUACUUCAUCUCCAACGACGGACAGAUUCUGGGCUCCUACAGAAAGAAAAACAUCUGGCAUCCCGAACGACCGUUCCUGACUUCCUCUGAUGCCGAGUCACAUGAGGUUCUCGCCACGCCUAUCGGAAAGGUCGGAUUGCUGAUCUGUUGGGAUUUGGCGUUUCCCGAAGCGUUCCGGGAGUUGAUAGUUAAGGGAGCGGAGGUGAUUAUUGUGCCUACAUUCUGGACCCGACAUGACGCCUCCCCCGAAUCACUAUCUCACAAUCCCGAAUGUGAAACGCUCCUACUGGAAUCAAUGCUCACGACGCGCUGCUUCGAAAAUACCUGCGGGAUUAUCUUCGCCAAUGCGAGCGGACCCGACGACCAGGACAAGUUCCUGGGGUUAUCGCGCGUGGUCCUGCCGAUUGUAGGGUCCGUGGGACAGAUGGGUUGUGAGGAAGGUGUGUUAGUGGUGGAUAUGGAUUUGGGGUUGGUGCGCAUCGCGGAGGAGAAUUAUAAGAUUCGGCAGGAUAUUAAGAGUGAGGGGUGGCAUUAUGGGUCUCGGGGUUGA